CACGCCUUAUUCCGGGUAGAUUGCCUAGAAAAUCGGCCGUCCAGCGUGCUCUGUUUGAGUCGAGCCAUGGAGAUUGAAGGUCGACAGUCAGGCGAUCUGUGCGAGGCGGAUAGCUGCAGUCAUCUUGCCAACGCUAACAGCCUGGAAACUUCUUCGACCAGUGACGGUAGCAGUCUUGGCAGUGACCAGUUGCACAAGAGCAACGACGAGCAGAAAAACUUGGAUAUUGCACUCGAUGUCGUGCCGAAUGUAUGGUCUCUUAGCCGAUCUGGCAUCUCCUACCGUAACGUUCGGGGUCAUCAAGCUGAUGAUCAACAUCCGGCCAUGGCCACUCGUGAUCAGAGCGACGGAUGUGAAGAAGCCCCAGAGCUCACUGCUGCCGAGACGUAUGGAGACACACACUUGCCUAGAAAUGUUGUAUUGGCGAACGGAACUCAGUUAGAGCCUUAUUAUGAACAACAGAGUAAAGGAAGGUCGGGCAAGAAACCAGUGGUUCGAUCUGUUACUGAUCCUACAGACAAGAGGUCAUCAACAUUUUUUGGAAGAAUCAAAUGGCAAACAUCGCUCAAACGUGUAGGCAAGAAAAUUGUAGAUUCUCAAUUGAGAGUGACGCCUCCAGCAGAAUUUAGCAACUUGCUGCAAGUUAGAAGCAACAAGUUGUCCCUGUUUCAGACUAAGUGGACUGAAUACUGGUGUGCUAUUGAGGGUCAAUGCAUUGGUUGCUACAAGACGGGUUCGUAUUCGAGGCCGAUACUUAGUGUUCCACUCGUUUGUGGACACGUGGAGCGUUGCUCAACUGACAAGAUAGGGCAGUACUUAUUUCAAGUUGUACCAAACAAAAGUGUUGGCACAAAUGGAGAUGUCAAGCCGGUUGUCUUUCGUACUGAUACAGAACAAGAAAUGGAGAGGUGGGUCGAUGCAAUUGGCUGCCAUAUCAAGAAAGUGACAGAGGCAGAUGCCGAUGGUCUAAAUGCUGAUAUCGUGGAGACAAGGACGACCACUGCAAAGAGAAAACUUGAGUCGUUUUCGGGUCAGUGUAAGACUCCAGUGCAUCAUUCUGGUCUUCUCCCUAGUAAAUCACUACCAUUGCAGCUACUAGAUGAUGUUUACGUUUCAGAAAGUAGAAUGACCUCAUCGGCAAACUUAAAGUCAACCAGUCCAUCUAUCCAUCCGAUAUUAGUGGGUAAAAAGAACAAAUCUCAACCUGAUCCACCAUACUAUAUUAAUCCUAAUGACGUAGUUGGGCCUACUAAAAGUCAAAAGAACACUGAAGUACCCGACUAUAUACAAUUAUCAGAAGACGGUUGUCCAGAUGAAAUGGCUUAUGAAGGAUGGCUGUAUAAGAAAACACUGUCCAAGUCUUGGUCAGAGCGCUACUGUCGUCUGACUGAUGGAAUACUUUCCCUCUACAAGAAUGAGACAGAAACAGUGCCGAUGACGUCGAAGAGUGUGGCAGGUUGUCAUGUUGAUUUUGUUCAUACGAAGAACGGACGUCAUGUGUUUCGAGUUGAACCUAUGUAUGGGAGUGGUGAGCAGGUCCUUGCAACUACACAAACUGAAGACAUGACACACUGGCUACAUGCACUCAAACGAGCAGCAGCAAUCCAACCGACUGCGAUGACUCUAAAACAGGUACCAAGUCAGGAGUCAAAUGAAACAACUGUUGGUGUAGAAAACAUAACUUCUCAGAUAUCUAGACAGAAGUCUCAACUCACUCAUACAUCUCAUGUGAAUGAAAUAGGGACAUCAGUAUAGGAAACUACGUGUUUCUAAAUAUUUCUAUAGAACUAGACGGAUUUUUCCAUUUUGCAGUUUUUCGAGUGUUCACGAUGACUCACAAAGUUUUACAUAGUAAUUGUUCAGACAGCACAGUCAAUGUUUGAUGUAGCAGUUGUGAGCAAAUGCCAAGUAGACUACAGUCUCACUUGCUAGAGUAACCAUGUCCAUCACAUUUAUGUUAUCUGCAUGUAUCUGGUAAAUGUUAUUAUGUGGUUGAUAAAUGUUAUUAUGUGGUUCA